AUGCUGAUUACCUGGUUUGAGCCAUUUCUGCAUAUUUGUAGAAACAACGUAUCUCCCUCGAGAGCUUGGCCAGUAUGGAGGACGAUUCUUAUUUUCCUUGGUGUCAUGGCAAUCCUGGGAGUAACAAUUGGUCUCCUUGUCCAUUUUUUGGCAGUUGGAAAGAUGUACUACUACCUGGGUGAAUUUCACAUUCCUGGAGUCAUUUAUAACAGUAGUUGUGAAGCUGCUAGUUCACAAGAUGGCACAGAGUUGAGCAAAGAUAUUGAGACUAAGAUGACUGAUGUAUUUCAAAAUUCUAGUAUAAGUAAAGAAUAUAUCAACUCUCAGUUCAUUCGAUUUCUUUCUUAUCCCAAUGGUUCAAGUGCACAAUUACAAUUGACAUUCAAGUCUCUUCCUGCAAAGAAAAACAGCAUGAAGACAAAAAUUGAAGCUUUUCUACAACAGUUGGUAAAAGACAACAUGGCAUCCUGGAAAGCGGUUCCCACAUCCGUUAAACUUAUAGAAAUCACCAAAGAUAAGGCUGAAUCACUUACCAAUGACUGUUGUGGGAGAUCACUGAUCAAGAGUUUAGCAGGCAAACGGGUUGUGAAUGGGAAAAACGCCUUAUCAGGGGCUUGGCCAUGGCAGGCCAGUCUGCAACACAGAGGUCACCACAGUUGUGGAGCCUCUCUGAUCAGCCCCAAGUGGUUGUUGACUGCAGCUCAUUGCUUUGGAAAGACAAAUAAUUCAGGAGAGUGGACUGUCAACUUUGGAACUGCAGUACAAAAACCACUUAUGACACGGAAAGUUCAGAAUAUUAUUAUUCAUGAAAAUUAUAAUGUAUCUUCACUUCACCAUGAUAUUGCUCUUGUGGAACUUGCUGAGAAUGUCUCUUUUACAAAACGUAUUCGUAAGAUUUGUCUUCCUGAAGCCAAAAUGAAGCUCUCAGAAAAUGACAGUGUCGUAGUCACAGGAUGGGGGAAACUUUAUAUGUAUGGUCCAGACCCAGAGAUCCUUCAAGAGGCCUACAUAAAGAUUAUUGACAACAAAAUAUGCAAUGGCCCUCAGGCAUUAAGUAAGUUGGUGACAGAUAACAUGCUGUGUGCUGGAUUUAUGACAGGAGGAGCUGACUCUUGUCAGAAAGAUUCUGGUGGACCACUAGCUUACUCUAACUCUAGAAAUAUCUGGUACCUUGUUGGAAUAGUAAGCUGGGGUAGUGGAUGUGGUGAAAAAAAUAAGCCUGGUGUCUACACUCGAGUGACUGCUUAUCGGGACUGGAUAACCUCGAAGACUGGACUGUGA